AUGGACGACAAUGCUGCACGGAAGCGUCUGCGUACCGAUAGCGACCUUCCAGAAACCGCUCCUUCUGUUGUCUUGCGAUGUAGCAGUCGUCUUUACUUCCCUGACGGCAACAUCAUAAUCAAAACCGCAAUCCCGGCCGACGCCCCUAAAGACAUUUAUGAAUCAUCUGGGAAAGAGCAGGGCGCCGCCUUUGCACUGCUGUACAGAGUACACACCAGUAUUCUGGCCCGUCAGUGCGGGUUCUUCUCCUCACUUUUCAGCGGGUCACAAGAAGCUUUCGGGGUUGCAACCGAGAAAUACGAUGGCGCACCCAUCAUGGAACUACCGGAUGACGAUUGGCAAGCCGUUGAUGACUUUCUCAAGGCCAUGUAUGUACCGAACUAUCUGUCUCAUACCGGAAGCCCUCCAUCCGAGCGCGAUGGGACUACAUCACGUUUCUUGGUCGUAUAUUGA